AUGAGUGAAAAUGAUGAUAUAAAUAUGAAUAGUGAUGAUAUGAUAGAUAUACCAAAAGAUAUAAGUGAUCGACGCGUUAAACAUCCGACUUUACAAUUUAAUGAACAAAGUAAUGAUACAAUAAUAACAGAUGAAAAUGAUACUACAAAUAAUUUACAAUUUUUUCCUUAUUCAAAUAAUACUUUAACUAGGAGUGCAGCAACUUUGAAUUUAUCUUUAACGCGUUCUGGUACUUUACAAAAUAUUACUGAAGAGACUGAUAAUAGUAAUUCAAUUGGAAAUAUAAUAAAUGAUAAUGAUCCUAUUAAUGGUGUGAAUACUUCAAUUAGAAAAUGGUCACCUUUUAGAACAAAUAAAAAACAUUCACAAAAUACUUCUAAAUUAAAACAAUCAAAUAAUCUAUUUAGUCAUCAUCUUAAAACGAAGAGACUUCCACAACAUACUCUUUUACAAGAUUCAAUUAAUGAUAAUAAUAUUCCAAGUACUCCUGUAACACGUUUGAAACGAACUGCAUCAAAGAGUGAAAUGUCACCCUUUUUACAGAAACAAUCGAUUUAUAACAAUGUUAGCCGCCAAGUGAAUUCUUCAUCAAAACAACAACAACGAGAAUAUUCAUUGCUGGUAGAUGCUGCUACUAAUCAAGUUAAUAAAGAAAAUGAACAAAUAGCGCCCCCAACAAUAAACAUUUCUUUCGAAUCUGGAGUACCAGACCCGAAUGUCUUUAAUCCAACAGGAUUGAGAUCAAAAUUGACUCAAUUUAAUUCAUCAUUAUAUCCUAAAAAAUUAUCAAUACCAAAGACUCCAGUCAAAAAAUAUCCAUUGAGAGAUAAUAAUCAAGCCAAUAAUGUGUCUAAUAUCCAUACAUCUUCAAUCCUAGAAAAUACAGAGUUUUCAAAUGAUCCAAAUUAUACAAGUUUCACUAAUGAAUCAACAGGAUUUUCUAAUUCUCCAAUUUUAAAGACUCCAAAAAUUGUGGUAGCAUCAGUUGAGGAAUCAUCACCUUUAAGUUCACUACGUGGUUCUGCACAUUCCCAACAACGAAAUUCUCCACGUUUCAAUUUUAGUAAAUAUAAAAAACUUAAAAAAUCAAGAGAUUCUGUAAUAAUGAAAAAUACGGAAUUAACUAACAGUUUACAACAAUUUACUAAUGAUUUAUAUGGGACUUCGACAAAUAAUGAAAUUCCAAUGCAUAGCCACGAUGAGAAUAUGAUAAAUAACCCAAGAAGUCCAUUAAAAUCUAACUCAAAAAAUAAUUUAUCAUUUUUCAAUAAUAACAAACAACAAGAUGAUGAUAGUAAUAAUAAUAAAAAUGUAACACAAACUGAUCGAUUUACUUUUGAAACAAUAUCAUCCAAUGAAUUCAACCAGAAUAGUGCGGAUAACCAUGAUGAGGGAAUGGGAAAAUUUUCCACUCCUACUAAAGCAAAGUCGAUUAUUGGUGCCACGCCAAAUAUACUAAACUCAAAAAGAUUUAUACAAAAUCGUUUCCACGCGGAACCAAUCCCACAAUCACAAUCUAAUGAUAACCAGAAUACAAAUUUAGAAACAUCACAGAGUCCUGAUACUCACUUAAUUGAAAGAUUUAAAAAUGUAACAUUAAUUGACCAGGGGCACUUUUCUAAAGUAUACCAGGUAACAUUUGCAGAGACAAAUAAGAAAUAUGCAAUUAAAUCCAUUAGCAUCAAUAAGAGGAACAGCACCAAGAAAAUUCUUCAAGAAAUUACUUUGCUCGCUGAUAUCCGGGAUAAAAUGGAAUUGGAUCAAGAAGGUAACGAAUACGUUAUUGACUUCAUCAGCUCAUGGAAAGUUGGCAGUUCUUACUACGUAAUGACAGAUUUUUACGAAAACGGAAAUCUAGACAAGUUCUUAAAUGAACAAAUAAUUCCAAAGAACAAAAGAUUAGAAGAUUGGAGAAUAUGGAAAAUAAUUGUUGAAAUGUGUCUAGCAUUGAGGUUCAUCCAUGAUUCUUGUCAAGUCGUUCAUUUAGAUCUAAAGCCUACGAAUAUUAUGAUAACAUUUGAAGGUAGUCUCAAAUUAGUAGAUUUUGGAAUGGCAACACGUUUACCGUUACAAGACCAUGAUUUCGAAAAUGAAGGUGAUAGAGAAUAUAUCGCACCUGAAAUCAUCUCUGAUGCUAUUUAUGACUUCAGAGCAGAUAUAUUCUCCUUGGGCCUAAUAAUAGUUGAAAUAGCCGCCAACGUGAUUUUACCCGAUAAUGGUAAUGCAUGGCAUAAAUUACGUAGCGGUGAUCUAUCUGAUGCAGGAGGAUUGAGUUCUACAGAUAUUCAUUCUGAAUCUUUAUUUUCAACUAGUACUAAAUUUGAUACAAAUCUAACUGAUAUAAGCAACUAUCAUCAGACUCGGGCUUCAGUAGAUGGACCUCUAACUACAGUGGACAAUUUGACAGUUGAACAUUCUAAAAAUUCUAAAAAUUAUGAAGGUAGCUUGAAUUACAAUGGGAUUGCCAAUUCUAAAAUUCCUGCAUGGGUUCCAAAAUUUUUGAUAGACGGAGAAUCAUUGGAAAGAACGGUCAAAUGGAUGAUCGACCCAGAUUAUAGAAAGAGACCUACAGCAAACCAACUAUUGCAUACAGAAGAAUGUAUGUAUGUGGAGAUGACAAGGUUAACUGGUGCAGUAAUUCAAGAAGACGACUUUGGGCCUAAACCUAAUUUUUUUAUGUAA